UGCAUGGAUUCUUAGCUUACGUCAUUUUAGUUGAUUCUUAUGAACAUCAUUACUUCAGUUGCAAACUCCCUCUAUAUAAACUGAGACACAGUGACAAAGCGAAGCAAAGAAGUCACGAGAACUCUGGGAAUUGCCUUUUAUGCAAAAUUAAGUUCUUGACUUUUGCGAUGGCCCUCGACGGAAACGGCGGUGCGGUAUGGUUAAACAGCAGCGGAGAGGAGGAAGCUUCGUGGGGUGGGAAUCAAGAACACGUUGGAGCUUCUUCUCUUUCUCAUUUCAAGGCGCCUAUGCUUGAAGGUGAUUGGUUCAGUAACCCACAAGAUCUCCACGUGUUACAGAACCAGCAAGACUUCAGAUUCCUCGGCGGUUUCCCUUUCAAUCCCAACGACAAUCUUCUUCUUGAUUCCUCUUCCUCUCAACCUUUUACCCUCGACACAUCUCAGCAGCCUUCCUUCUUACCUUCUAACAACAAGUCUUGUCUCCUCAGCGCUCCUUCCGACACAAACCCUUUCGACAAUGCCUUCGAGUUCGGUUCUGAUUCUUGUUUCCUAGGUCCGUUGACACAAGGCUUCACUCCUUUGGAGUUACAAGGCUUCACCAGUCCUGCGAAAGUUCUGAAGCCUUUAGAGGUGUUAGCAUCAUCAUCCUCUGGUGGACAGCCUACUCUGUUCCAGAAACGUGCAGCCAUGCGUCAGAGCUCUGGAAGCAAGUUUGGGAACUCAGAGAGGAAGCUGAGCGAUGAGACCGGGUUGCAUUAUGAGUCUGAUGAGAUGAACCAGAGCGGUAGAGCAGCUGAGAGUGUUGAGAACAUAAGAGGAAGUAAAGGUAAGAAGAAAGGACUGCCAGCUAAGAAUCUAAUGGCUGAGAGAAGAAGAAGGAAGAAGCUUAAUGAUAGGCUCUACAUGCUUAGAUCAAUUGUCCCCAAGAUCAGCAAAAUGGAUAGAGCAUCAAUACUUGGAGAUGCAAUCGAUUACCUCAAGGAGCUUUUACAAAGGAUCAAUGAUCUACACAACGAGCUUGAUCAGUCAACUCCAACUCCACCUGGAUCUUUGCCUCAAACUCCAUCAAGCUUCCAUCCAUUAACACCUACACCGCAGAGUCUUUCUUGCCAUGUCAAGGAAGAGUUGUGUCCUUCAUCGUUGCCAAGCCCUAAAGGCCAACAAGCAAGAGUUGAGGUUAGAGUAAGGGAAGGAAGAGCAGUGAAGAUUCACAUGUUCUGUGGUCGUAGACCUGGUCUUUUGCUAGCUACCAUGAAGGCCUUGGAUAAUCUUGGAUUGGAUGUUCAGCAAGCUGUGAUUAGUUGUUUCAACGGGUUUGCCUUGGAUGUGUUCCGCGCUGAGCAAUGCCAAGAAGGACAGGAGAUAUUGCCUGAUCAAAUCAAAGCAGUGCUUUUAGAUACAGCGGGCUAUGCUGGUCUGAUCUGAUCAUGAGGUUCUUGAGCAUCUGAUGAAGAAACUAAGCCUUUAAAUAUGCAAUUUUCUUUACUUUCUUUCAUCAAGUUAAGCAUGUAUGCAACUGUACAUGAGACAUGUUUAAAUUAACCUUUUUGAACU